AUGAAGUGCUUGUUUUCACCUCGCACACAGCUACUCAAAAACGCAGUGCCAAAGCAGCCAUCUCACUUGUUUGCAUGGAUCACAUCAACAUUGUAUAUUGACGAGAAGGAAUACAUUAACAAAGUUGGGCUUGACGCUACAAUGCACAUACGGUUUUUGCGCAUGGUCGUUCAUUUCUUAACAGUGCAGUCGUUAUUCGUAUGUCCCAUCCUACUCGCUCUACAUUGGACAGGUGCGUCAGCCUCGUUAGACAAAUCUGAUUUGGCAAGCGAGUUUACAUCGUUGGCAAAGAACGAAACAAGCGACUACAGCGCGACAUCAGCGCAUCCAACAAACAACCUGUACGGUGGGUUUCCUAGUGUACACAGCAACGAUACAGAUCAUUUUCGUAGCAAUUCCACCUUGUAUUACUUGUCGAUUGCCAACAUACCCAACCGAAACCCCAUCGUAUGGGUGCAUGUUGUUUUUGCAUUCAGCAUAUCAUUAUCUUGGCUCUGGCUGCUGUUCGUAAACCACAUCCACCACAUUGAUCUGUUACAGCAACAACCACUUACAAACAAACUGCAUGAGAGGUCUGUGCUCAUUACGCAUGUGCCACAUCAACUACGGAAUCAGUCGACCCUGCAACAACACUUUGAACGUGCGCAAGUAGGAGACGUCGAGCAUGUUACACUGGUAUCCAACACAGCCAUCAAACUGGUCGAGUCAGUGCUCAAAAAGAGAAGCAAAGCUAUUGACAAUUUAGAACGUUGGCUGAUACGCAUUGUUCGCAUUGCACAGAGAAAGCAUCAACUAUUAUCACCGAAACAAGAGACUGUGUGGUUCGACUGGUUAUCUCAUGUCAAAGAUCAACAGAUGGAAUUGUCCCUGGAAAAGCAAGUUGUUCAAGUGCAAGAGGCUCUGGAAGAAAUUGAUGAGCUGGAUAAAGAAAUUGCUCGACUUCGAGACGUCAAUCGAUCGCCCGAGUACUACAUGCCAACAGGCGCUGCAUUUGUCACCUUCAAAUCUGCUCAUUCUGCUCAAAUAUGUGCUCAGAUUGUCACAUCUUGGAAGCCUGGUGUAUUUGAUACUCGCAUGGCACCUGAGCCAAGAGAUGUGCUAUGGAGAAGUUUGCUACGACGAGGACGAAAGAGUCGAGUAACAGGCACACUUCGGCAAUGGGUCGUGCUCGCUGCAGUGUGGUCCCUUACUAUAUUUUGGCUGUUUCCCAUCACAUUCAUCCUUGGUCUGACCUCUAUUCAAUCGCUCUCACAUCACUUUGCCUUUCUACGAUACUUCUUAGCAUCUUCGUUUGUGGUACGAUCCUUUAUUCAAAAUAUUCUACCUACACUACUAGUGACACUGUUUAUGAGUUUGUUGCCGUGGAUCGUAUUGGAAAUCUCCAAACAGCAAGACUUUGUCUCAUACUCUGAGCUUGAAGAUGCUGUGCUCGGUCGAUACUACCACUUUGCCAUCUUCAAUGUGCUGAUUGUAUUUUUGCUGGGCACCACAUUUCUCACUACUAUGCUGGAUGUGUUGUACGAACCCACCAUGAUCAUUCAACUGCUAGCCAAUGCACUGCCUCAAGGUGCUAAUUUCUUUCUCAAUUACGUCUUGUUCAACUCAUCUACACAUGCCAUGGAGUUAAUACAGCUUGGAUCACAGAUAUUUGGCCAUGUCUUCUUUACUCAGCCCAUCUUCUCAAAGACACCGAGGCUCAGGCUCAAAUACACAUCGCCAUGGUCAUUUUUGUACUAUUACUACUAUCCAAAUCACAUUCUUGUGCUUGUCAUUACCUUGACCUACUCGGUGAUUCAGCCAUUGAUCAUGAUAUUUGCUUUGUUCUAUUUUGCAUUUGCUCUUGUCGUAUAUAGACAUCAAUACAUGUACUGUUAUAUCCGCCGAUACGAGACAAAUGGAUCACGCCAUUACCGACGCAUCACUCGCUACACAUCAGAUGGCCUGUUGAUAUUCCAGUUUACCAUGGUAGGUUUGUUGUACCUGAAAGGAGUUUUAGCCGCAGCCACGACGAUUCUGCCCCUGAUCAUAUUCACCGUAUGGUUUAAAGUCAAGCUGAAUCGCCUCUUUCAAAACCGCAUCAAACACCCUUACAUUGGCCGCUUUCAGCAAGUGGAUGAAACAAACGAUUUGAGAAGAAGAGAGCAAGAACUGCAGUCUACCUACUGGUGGAAACAUGUGGAUGACAUUUGGAAGUUUUCGUACAUCAAAGCCUGGUGGGCUGCGGGCAGAUAUGCACAGCAUAGCAGUAACAAUCAGUCUACAAUGCAUUUAUCUACAUUGGAGCAGCAUCUACGGGAAUCAACGUCAGUCGGGCAGUCAGAUACAAACACAGUGGUGGCUGCUCCGUCAUCGCAUCAUAAAAAGAGUUGCAGCACAGUAGACAUUCGUGAUACAGUGGACCACAAAAUGUCAUAUCAGGAACACCACGAAGACUUGGACCAUGAGCUGCUUGUUGACGACAAGAGCCUCGUAUCAGAUCAUAGCGCAAUUGCUGUAGAAGAGGAUUGCACUGAUCGAUACCAGCGGUACCAUGAUUUCACCAUCUAUCCAGAUGACUCGAAAUCAUACUUUGAUACCUAUGAGCAUCCGGCUUUGACAGCACCUUUGGUAUCCGAUUUAAUCUUACCUUUAAAUCCAAAUCUGCAUUACUGGAACCUGAAAGAAUGCGUCUAUGUAUCUAUUGAUACCAUCAGGACACUAUUUACAAAGCAAAGCCAACCCACAAGGUCAUGCUCAAAGAAAACUCAUGAUUGA